AUGGAUGGGAUUUAUAGGAUUAUACGAAGAACAUAUAAAAGACAACCAGAUGUAACAAUAAUUAAGGACGGAGAUGCCUUAACUCCUGAAGGAUCAGUGGAACUUUUGGCAAAUACUUUCUUCCCAGAUGACAAAGCAGUAGAUGAUAAUAUCGACCGUCAGAUAAUUAGAACUCUAGUAGCGGAUGAAACUCAGACCUUUCCAGAUGACGAAGAUGACCCCGAAUUCACAAUAUCCGAACUCAGAAAUACUGUGAAUAGCUUUAAUCCCAAAAAAGCUCCGGGGCCAGAUGGGUUCACAGCGGACAUUUGCUCUAGGGCAAUAGCUGCGAAUGAAGAGGUUUUUCUAGAAAUUCUAAACAAGUGCCUAGAACUAUCAUAUUUCCCUACCCCAUGGAAGGAAGCUGCAGUGGUUGUUCUGAGAAAACCUGGAAAAACUGAUUAUGCUCAAGCUAAAUCAUACCGGCCAAUAGGACUGUUGUCUACUUUAGGAAAGAUAAUGGAAAAAAUGAUGGUUAAAAGGAUCCGUUGGCACAUUCUUCCUCGGGCUAAUUGCAGACAGUAUGGAUUCAUACCACAAAAAUGCACUGAAGACGCUCUCUACGAUAUGUUGACUCAUAUUGUAAAUAAUAUGAGAAAAAAAUUUAUUAACAUAAUCGUCUCCCUGGAUAUCGAGGGUGCUUUCGACAGUGCAUGGUAG